AAUUCAGCCUCUUCAGUCCCACUUCUGUUUGUAGCUCUUGGCAGGCCGCAUUUCAAACAUUAGUAUAAAAGCUUAUCUACAAAUUCUUAAGACUUACAACACUCUUUACCCCAACAAGUCGGCAAUGGAAAUUUUUCUCUCUUUUUCAUCUAACACUAUGGCCCCGGCCACCGUUACUGUUGCAUUCUUAAUCAUCUGCUCAUUUCUUUGGCUAUCGAGAAACCUAAUAGCUAAGAAAAAGAAAGAAGCUCCGGAAGCUGGUGGUGCAUGGCCGCUACUUGGCCAUCUUCAUCUCCUUGGAGGGCUAGAACCACCGCACGUAGUAUUGGGAAACAUGGCUGACAAAUAUGGUCCGAUCUUCAGUAUCAAGAUGGGCAUACAUAAGACUCUAGUAGUAAACAAUUGGGAAACUGCAAAAGAAUGUUUCACCACUAAUGAUAGAACCUUCGCCGACCGUCCCAAAACUCUUGCUUUGGAGCUUUUGGCUUACAAUCGUUCCAUGAUUGGGUUAAGUUCAUAUGGCAAUUACUGGCGUCAAACGCGCAAGAUUGCCACACUCGAGCUUUUGUCUAACCACCGAAUAGAGAUGCAGAGACAUGUAAGAGAAUCCGAGAUGAGAACAGCUUUGAAAGAGCUGUACAGAGCAUGGGAGAAGAAGAAAAGCUCAGAAAAUAGUAAGGUUUUGGUGGAUAUGAAAAGAUGGUUUGGGGAUAUAACCUUAAACGUAACUCUGAGCAUUGUUGUUGGCAAAUCUGUUGGAUAUGCGACUAACAACAAAGAGAGCGACGAAGAAUGGAAACAAGCAUCCAGAGAUUUCUUUCAUUUAAUCGGCAAGUUUGUAGCGGCUGAUGCGGUGCCAUUUUUGAGGUGGUUCGACAUCGGGGGCCAUGAAAAAGCUAUGAAGGAUACUGCAAAAAAACUGGAUAUUGUUGCUCAACAGUGGCUCAAAGAGCACAAAGAAAAGAAAGCUUCUGGCCACAGAGAAGAGGAUUUUAUGGAUGUGAUGCUUCAUCUAAUUGAUCAGGAAGCAGAAGCAACCCUCGGCCGCGAUUCUGAUACGAUCAACAAAGCCACGUGCCUGCAACUUAUCCUGACUGCUGCAGACACAAUAUCAAUUACUUUGAUGUGGGCUUUGUCAUUGUUAGUGAAUAACCCUCAAGUCAUGAGGAAAGCUCAGCGGGAAAUAGAUGCUUACAUUGGCAGGGAAAGACAAGUACGUGAAUCUGAUAUUAACUAUUUAGUUUAUCUCAACGCAAUUGUCAAAGAAACUAUGCGUCUAUACCCGCCUGGACCACUUUCUGUGCCACAUGAAUCCAUGGAGGAUUGCACAGUAGCUGGUUACUAUAUCCCACGAGGUACAAGACUGCUUACCAAUAUAUGGAAGAUUCAACGCGAUCCUAAAGUGUGGUCAAAUCCUUCUGAAUAUCAACCAGAAAGAUUUCUUACAGAUCAUAGAGAUUUUGAUGUGAGAGGCCAACAUUUUGAGUAUAUACCGUUUGGUAGUGGUAGAAGAAUGUGCCCUGGAAUUUCUUUUGCACUUCAAAUUUUGCAAUUGACAUUAGCUACGUUACUUCAUGGAUUUGAUUUUUCACCGCCGACGAAUGAGCCAAUCGAUAUGACUGAAACUAGUGGACUGACCAACAUUAGAGCAACGCCACUUGAAGUUCUCAUCAAUCCCCGUCUUGAGUCUCAUUCCUAUCAGUAGAUGAAGUGUCAGAAAUGCAUUUGCUAAUGAACCGUAUACCAAUUCAUAACAGUUGUUUAUCAUUGUAUAUCUAUAUUAAGGUUUGCUUCAAACUUUUAUAGCCUUCAUCCAUAUAUUCUACAUGUUUGUAUUUAUAACAAUCAAUAAUAUUGUCAAUCUUUAGGAGGCCGAAAACCA